AUGUCUGAAUAUGCCGCGUAUUUGGAAGAUUUCGACCCGCUCAGAUAUGCCAAUGAGCUUGUGGUGUCCACGAACAGCGUAGAGGACUCGGACUUAGACCUCACGACGUCCAUCAAACGACUCCAGUUCGACCUGAAAGAUGUCGAAAAACGGCUCCAGAAAAGUGCCAGCGAAAACUAUACCACCCUCAUCUCAGAGCUUGACACAGCCGAAGAACUCCACAAUACUAUACAGCUAAUCAAGCCGUCGCUGAAACAGGUCAAUGCGUCGUACGCACGGCUCGAAACCGAAAUUCUGCAACCAUACAACGAAUCCUCUAAUUUGCACUCUGCAUUGAGAAAAAUACACCAGACGUCCAAUUUGCUGCGGUCCUCCACAUAUUUCAUAUAUUUGAUCUCCCGCAUUGAAGAAAUUGACAAGACCGACCAGGAGCUCAAUAAAAAGCCGUUCAAGUCGCUCAUCUCGCUGGCCAGACUACUGAAUCAGGUCAAGAUUCAUCUUGCAGACUCGCCGUUUCUCAAAUCGUUGAAGCUUGUUAGGGACUACGAGUCGUUCCAGCAGCUCCAGACAGCAAAGGUGAUGGACAUUUGCAACACGCAUCUCAAGAAUCUCUCGCUUUCGUACGAUGCCCAAUCGAUACUCAACCUCAUCAACGCGCUCUCGAUCAUGUCGUCGGAGUCGUUCUACAAUCAGUUGCAGCAGCUUCUGAGUCUCAAGAUUGCGGCCGCAAUCAAUCUAAUCAUAAAGAACCUAAACAACACAAAAAGUCUCGAUAGGGUCUUUGCUGAAGUAUCGGCUUCUGGUAGGCUGAUAAACCAGCUGGAGAAAGUGAUGAAGUCCAACAAAUGGCAGGACGCGAACAAUACCAAAGACACGCAAGCCAGUACGCUCACGAUCUACGAAAAAGUCAACUCUGUGCUGCAGUUUGGUAGCUCAUUGGGGACUCUUUUUUGGAAAGACACUGCCAUUGGAGUGGAGCCAAAAUUCAAGGAAAUCGUGACAAGAGGCGGUCCAAUCGCUAGAAAUCUGAGGCAGCUCAAGGAAGAAAUCAAGAAUUUUAUUAAAAAAGCUGUGCUGGAUUCGUUCGACGGCGACAGAGGCCCCGAGUGUCUGGAAGUGAGAAUGAUGCUGAAUAGUGUUGCGUCUCUAGAUACUGUUAGAUAG